AUGGUUGAAACUCCACUCAUAGCAUCUUCCAAUCCUUCUCACAACAACCGGGUGUGCAGCACGUGGGGCAACUUCCACUUCAAGACCUUCGAUGGAGCCAUCUUCCACUUCCCUGGGCUCUGCAAUUACGUUUUUGCAUCCCACUGCAACGCUCCCUAUGAGGAUUUCAACAUCCAGACCAGGCGCACAAUGGUGAACAGUGCUCCAACAGUCAACCGUAUCAGCAUGAAGCUGGAGGGUGUAGUUAUAGAGCUAAGGAAGGACAUUGUCACCAUCAACAGCAACAGAGUCCAACUGCCCUACAGCCAGUCUGGAGUUGCAAUAGAAAAAAACAGCAUUUAUGUGAAAGUUCUCAGCAAAAUAGGUGUCAUGUUGAUGUGGAAUGAAGAUGACAGCAUCCUGCUGGAACUGAAUGAGAAAUACACCAAUCAAACCUGUGGACUUUGUGGGGACUUCAAUGGCUUUCCAGAUUACAAUGAGUUCUAUAGCAACAGUGCUGAGCUGACAGCCUUGCAGUUUGGGAACAUGCAGAAGCUGGAUGGGCCGACAGAACGCUGUGAAGACUACGCUCCUACCACGUCAGAAAACUGCCCCGAGAAUUUGGAUGACAUAUGCGAGAAAACUUUGACCAGCUCUGCAUUUGCAGAGUGUAACACCCUACUUGAUGUCAAAGACUACAUCACAACUUGCCAGGCUGAUUUGUGCCUCUCAGAAGCAUCUAAAAACUCCUCAUGUAUCUGUGACACCCUCACUGAAUACUCCCGGCAGUGUGCUCACGCUGGUGGACAACCUCUCAACUGGAGAACCUCAAAACUGUGCCCCAAGAAGUGUCCUUACAACAUGGAAUACCAGGAGUGUGGCUCCCCCUGCGCUGACACGUGCACCAACUCUGAACGAUCCCAGGUUUGUGAAGAGCACUGCAUGGACGGUUGCUUCUGCCCCCAAGGGACUGUAUUUGAUGACAUCAACAACUCUGGCUGCAUUCCCCGUGAGCAGUGCUCCUGUAUUUACAACGGCAACACCUAUGCUACAGGAACUUCUUUUUCAGAACCCUGCCAGAGCUGCACCUGCAACGGAGGCCAGUGGAACUGCAUAGACAAGUCAUGCCCAGGAAUAUGUUCAGUAGAGGGAGGUUCACACGUUUCCACCUUUGAUAAAAAAACUUAUGACCACCACGGAGACUGCACAUAUGUCCUUUCCAAGCACUGCACAGAUGAAACCUUCACCAUCCUGGCAGAGCAGCGCAAGUGUGGCGUGACAGACACUGAGACCUGCCUCAGGACAGUGACCCUCAACAUGGACAAAGGACAAACUGUUGUGGAGGUCAGAUAUGACGGUGGUGUGUUUAUGAACUCCAUCUAUACCCAGCUACCCAUCUCAGCAGCUAAUGUCAUCGUGUUCAGGCCUUCAACAUUCUUCAUCAUCAUGCAGACAAACUUUGGUGUCCACCUGGAAAUCCAAAUCACACCCAUCAUGCAAGUGUUUAUGCGACUGGAUCCUGCUUUCAAAGGCCAGACCUGCGGUCUCUGUGGAAACUUCAAUAAUGUCCAAACUGAUGACUUCAGGCCCAUAAGUGGAAUAAUUGAAGGGACAGCAUCAGCAUUUGCUAACACAUGGAAAACUCAGGCCUCAUGCCCUAACGUCCAGCGCAGUUUUGAGAACCCUUGUGCCCUCAGCAUUGAUAAUGAAAAAUAUGCUCAGCACUGGUGUGGACUACUCACUAACAGCACAGGACCUUUUGCUGCCUGUCACUACGCAGUGAAUCCCUCUGUUCACUACUCGAACUGCAUGUUUGACACCUGCAACUGUGAAAACAGUGAGGACUGCAUGUGUGCAGCCCUCUCUUCCUAUGUGAGAGCUUGUGCUGCAAAAGGAAUCCAGCUCCCCGGGUGGAGGACCAAUGUCUGCUCAAAGUACACCACCUCAUGUCCCAAAUCCCUCAGCUACAGCUACACCAUCUCUUCCUGCCACCCCACCUGCCGCUCUCUGAGCGAGCCUGAUGUCACCUGCAGCAUCAAGUUUGUCCCAGUUGAUGGCUGCACCUGUGUAAAUGGAACCUACAUGGACGAGAGUGGUAAAUGUGUGCCUGCUAAAGAGUGCCCCUGCUACUACAGAGGAACUCCACUGCCUCUCGGAGAAGUUAUCCGGGAAAAUGGACUUGUUUGCAAUUGCAUCGAGGGAAAAUUGAAUUGCAUUGGAGCACCCAAUUCAGCUCUAGUCUGUGAAUCUCCCUUGGUCUACUUCGACUGUAGAAAUGCCACUGCAGGAAAAACUGGAGCAGGAUGUCAAAAAAGCUGCCAGACUCUAGAUAUGAAGUGUUAUAGCACACAAUGUGUAUCUGGCUGUGUGUGCCCAAAUGGGCUCGUGUUAGAUGGGAAUGGUGGUUGUAUUCCUGAAGAGCAAUGUCCUUGUAUUCACAAUGAAGCCACAUACCAGCCUGGGGAAAAGAUCAGCGUUGACUGCAACACCUGUGUCUGCAAGAAUAGGAAGUGGGAAUGCACCAAAAAUCAGUGUCUGGGCACUUGUGCUGUUUAUGGAGAUGGUCAUUAUAAGACCUUUGAUGACAAAAGGUUCAGCUUCAAUGGAAACUGUGAAUACACACUAGUUCAGAGUCACUGUGGGAAGAGUGGAAUCACCAGUGGGACCUUCAGGGUUAUCACCGAAAAUAUUCCCUGUGGUAACACUGGAACAACUUGCUCAAAAUCUAUCAAAGUUUUCUUGGAGAGCUAUGAACUGAUCCUUGGUGAGGAGCGUGUCAGUGUGGUAAAGAGGGGGCAGAAUGAUGAGGUGCCAUACACAGUCCGUUCUAUGGGUAUGUACCUGGUAAUUGAGACCAUCAGUGGACUGGUCCUCAUGUGGGACAAGAAAACCAGCAUCUUCAUCAAGCUCAGCCCUGGUUUUAAGGGCCAGGUCUGUGGCCUCUGUGGAAAUUAUGAUGGCAACGGCAUCAAUGACUUUACUACGAGGAGUCAAUAUGUAGUAGAGAAUGUCCUAGAGUUUGGAAACAGCUGGAAAGUAUCUUCUACGUGUCCUGAUGCUCAAAGCAUAAAGGACCCCUGCUCUGCCAACCCUUACCGCAAGUCCUGGUCAGAGAGGCAGUGUAGCAUCAUCAACAGCAACGUCUUUGCUGCCUGUCACUCUCAGGUUGAACCUGCAGAAUAUUACCAAGAAUGUGUUAAAGAUUCCUGUGCCUGUGACAGUGGAGGAGACUGUGAUUGCUUCUGCACGGCCGUAGCUGCCUACGCUCAAGCGUGCAGUGAAGUUGGCGUCUGCGUGGCCUGGAGAACUCCAUCCAUCUGCCCACUCUUCUGCGAUUACUACAAUCAACAUGAGGAGUGUGAAUGGCACUACAAGCCUUGUGGAGCCCCUUGUAUGAAGACCUGUAAGAACCCAAAUGGAACAUGCAGCAAUAACUUGCCAGGUUUAGAAGGCUGCUACCCCAACUGCCCACCAGACAGGCCCUAUUUUCAUGAGGAUCAAAUGAAGUGUGUCAGUCUCUGUGACUGUUAUGAUGAUGAAGAUGGAAAGAUAUACAAACGGGAUGAAUGUCAAGUCUGUGAAUGUGCCUCAGAGGGUAUACAGUGCAAGUUUGAUGAAAAAGCAUGCAACUGCAUUUAUGAAGAGAAGAGUUAUAAAUAUGGGGAACUCAUCUACAACACCACAGAUGGGACAGGAUGGUGUCUCAGUGCAAUGUGUGAUGCCAACGGAACGAUAAACAGAGAUGUCUCCAGAUGUGGUAUCGCCACAACCACCCCAUUUACAUUUUCCACGAUUCAGCCCACGACUACUGCUUCAGUGAUGACAACCACUGCACCAGUGACAACUGUCUGCGUGAAGAAUGUCUGCACCUGGUCCCAGUGGUAUGACUCCACACAGCCUGGAAACACAGCCGAUGGGGGAGAUGAUGAAACUUUUGAAAAGCUGAAUGCUGAAGGAUACAGCGGAGCUACAUCACCCACGACCACCUCUACCAGCCCUAAAGAACCAAUAGUAACCACAGCUGGCACCACACUUGGCCCAAAUCCUGCUGCCCAAACAACAGAAGGCUCCACCAGCACGGCCAGCACAGCCAACACAUCUCCUUCUCCAACAGAAGGUACAACCAUCAUCACAACCAAACCACCAGUGCCCACCUCAUCAGCCACCACCACUAUCGCCACCUUGGAGACCACUACUGGCUGCCAGCCACGUUGUGCCUGGACACAGUGGUUUAACGUGGAUACCCCCAGACUUGGAAGCCAAGGUGGAGACAUGGAGACCUUUGAGAACAUCCGAGCUGCUGGCUUCCCUCUCUGUGAAAGACCAGAACUCAUCAAAUGCCGUGCUAAAGAUUACCCCAGCAGGAGCCUGGAGAAGCUGGGACAGGUAGUUGAGUGCAGCGUUGACAUUGGGCUGGUGUGUGAAAACAAGAACCAGAUCAGGAAGUACCCCAUCUGCUUUGACUACGAGGUGCAGGCUCUGUGCUGUGACCGCACACACUGCCAGACAACAGCAGCUCCCUACGGCACCACGGCAGCCUCCACCAGCACCACCUCUCCUGCAGGAACCUACACGAUAGCAACCAAAACUCCCACACAAACAGCUGCUCCUACCACUCUCUCCCAGAAAGGAAUUAGCACCACUGAAGCUGGAACAAGAGCUAGCACUACUACCACUGUGUUAACAGUAGAAAACACCACAUUCAUCACGACCACCAGCAAAACCACCUCUGCUCCAGGACAAGCAUCCACUCUGCCCACCCAGGGAGCUACAUCACCCACGACCACCUCUACCAGCCCUAAAGAACCAAUAGGAGCUACAUCACCCACGACCACCUCUACCAGCCCUAAAGAACCAAUAGUAACCACAGCUGGCACCACACUUGGCCCAAAUCCUGCUGCCCAAACAACAGAAGGCUCCACCAGCACGGCCAGCACAGCCAACACAUCUCCUUCUCCAACAGAAGGUACAACCAUCAUCACAACCAAACCACCAGUGCCCACCUCAUCAGCCACCACCACUAUCGCCACCUUGGAGACCACUACUGGCUGCCAGCCACGUUGUGCCUGGACACAGUGGUUUAACGUGGAUACCCCCAGACUUGGAAGCCAAGGUGGAGACAUGGAGACCUUUGAGAACAUCCGAGCUGCUGGCUUCCCUCUCUGUGAAAGACCAGAACUCAUCAAAUGCCGUGCUAAGGAUUACCCCAGCAGGAGCCUGGAGAAGCUGGGACAGGUAGUUGAGUGCAGCGUUGACAUUGGGCUGGUAUGUGAAAACAAGAACCAGAUCAGGAAGUACCCCAUCUGCUUUGACUACGAGGUGCAGGCUCUGUGCUGUGACCGCACACACUGCCAGACAACAGCAGCUCCCUACGGAACCACGGCAGCCUCCACCAGCACCACCUCUCCUGCAGGAACCUACACGAUAGCAACCAAAACUCCCACACAAACAGCUGCUCCUACCACUCUCUCCCAGAAAGGAAUUAGCACCACUGAAGCUGGAACAAGAGCUAGCACUACUACCACUGUGUUAACAGUAGAAAACACCACAUUCAUCACGACCACCAGCAAAACCACCUCUGCUCCAGGACAAGCAUCCACUCUGCCCACCCAGGGAUCCACAUCACCCACGACCACCUCUACCAGCCCUAAAGAACCAAUAGGAACAACCACAACAUCUGCAACCACCUCUGCUCCAGGACAAGCAUCCACUCUGCCCACCCAGGGAGCUACAUCACCCACGACCACCUCUACCAGCCCUAAAGAACCAAUAGUAACCACAGCUGGCACCACACUUGGCCCAAAUCCUGCUGCCCAAACAACAGAAGGCUCCACCAGCACGGCCAGCACAGCCAACACAUCUCCUUCUCCAACAGAAGGUACAACCAUCAUCACAACCAAACCACCAGUGCCCACCUCAUCAGCCACCACCACUAUCGCCACCUUGGAGACCACUACUGGCUGCCAGCCACGUUGUGCCUGGACACAGUGGUUUAACGUGGAUACCCCCAGACUUGGAAGCCAAGGUGGAGACAUGGAGACCUUUGAGAACAUCCGAGCUGCUGGCUUCCCUCUCUGUGAAAGACCAGAACUCAUCAAAUGCCGUGCUAAGGAUUACCCCAGCAGGAGCCUGGAGAAGCUGGGACAGGUAGUUGAGUGCAGCGUUGACAUUGGGCUGGUGUGUGAAAACAAGAACCAGAUCAGGAAGUACCCCAUCUGCUUUGACUACGAGGUGCAGGCUCUGUGCUGUGACCGCACACACUGCCAGACAACAGCAGCUCCCUACGGCACCACUACUGCACCACCAGCACUAACCUCACAGACAAAGCCCCUUUUUCAUCCCUGCCCAAUCCAAGCAUGCGAAUGGAACUCCAAGCAUGACAUUACUUAUCCUGAGCUGGAGGCAGAGAGUGAUGAAUUUGAAAUUAUCUACAGCUGGUACCUCACGUGCUCCCACCAGUAUUUCUACAAUCGUGAGCUCUUCCCCCAGUGCACCUCUCACGACAGAAGGGAAGUGGUCUACAACAGGACAGACAAGGCUGGCUGCAAUUUUUACGCGCUCUGCAGCAAGGAUUGUGAAAUUGAGGCCUUCCAGGGUGCCUAUCAGUACAUGGUUGAGGAUGGAGAGUGCUGUGGGAAGUGCAUCGAGGUAGCCUGCAAAAUCAAGCUGAGUAACACCACCACCCGGGUGCUGAAGGUGGAUGAGAUCCUGCAGCUGGAUAACUGCAGCCAUUACAAAUGUGAAAAGAUUGAAGAUCAGUUUGUUACAGUCCAAUCUAAACGAGUCUGCCCUGCCUACGAGCCAGGAGAGUGUGAUCCUAAUGAAACAGAGACAACUCCUGAUGGCUGCUGCACAGUAUGUAAACCUCCAAAAUGCAGACCUUACAGCAAGAAAACAGUGAUCUACCAGGGUGACUGUGAAUCUCCUGAACCUGUUGAGCUGUCAUAUUGUGAAGGAACUUGUCCUAGCUCCUCAGUGUACUCUCUUGAAGCAAACCAGCUGCAGCACAACUGUUCCUGCUGCCGUGAGUCCAGAACCCAGACAAGAGAGGUGACCCUGACGUGCCAAAAUGGAACCAGCAAAAAAUAUACAUAUGCCUAUGUGGAAGAGUGCCAGUGCAUGGACAGCUGCUUCUCAGAAAGCUCUGAGGAGCAGGAUUCCCAAUACACCAAAAAAUCCACAGAAGAGAGUUCUGUGAGAAAGAGUCUUUGA